AUGGAGACGGCUGCUUUACUUCGCUCUCCGCAGGGCGGUGUGCCUGGGUGCAGCCGAGCGGUGCCGCACAGGCUGUGCGGCAGCCUCCUCCUCGGUGUGCUGUUGGCAUUCUUAUCCUGCGUAAGCAUCGACAAGGGGCUUCUUCGCUCGGAGAAGGGCUGCGCUGCAGGUCUCGUCCGCGGCGUUUUCGCCUCUUCUGGCCCGGAGGAAACACCUGGCGACGAAAAGCAGCCUACUGGCUUGAAGAGACUCGACUACACGCCGCCUGACUUCUUCGUCGAACACGCCUACGUGGAAGUGGAUUUGAACGACGAUGACACCACGGUGACUUCGCUGCUCACGCUGCAUCGCCGCGCGGGCGCGGAGCUUCGCGACUUGGUUCUCGAUGGCGAUUCGAACUUGGUCGUCGGAAGCGUUGCGCUGGGGGCGACCGUCCCGACGGACGCGGCCUCUGAAGGCGUUUCAGAAGGCGACGCGCGCGUGCAGUACUCCCGCACAGAAGACAACGGCCUGGUCAUUCCCGCGGGCCUGCUGCCUGAGACUGCGAGCGAGCGCUUCGUUCUCAAGACAGUCGUCUCAGUCAACCCGAAAGCGAACUUGGCGCUCUCGGGGCUCUACAAGUCCGGAGACAUCUUCGUCACGCAGAACGAGCCUGCAGGCUUUCGCAGAAUCACCUUCUUUCUCGACAGGCCUGACGUCCUCGCCACGUACAGGGUUCGCAUUCUGGCGGCGCGCAGCCUGCCUGUCCUCUUGAGCAACGGAGACAAAGUGCUGGAAGGGUCGGCGCCGGGGAACAGACACUUCGCCGAGUUCGUCGAUCGCUUCCCCAAGCCGUCCUACCUCUUCGCAAUCGUGGCGGGCGAGCUCGCUUCAAUCAGCGAAGACUUUGUGACGCAGUCUGGCAGGCUUGUGAAGGUAUCGAUCUACGCAACGCCUGAGAAGAAGAGGAAUUUGGGUUGGGCGCUUCGCGCGCUUCUGAAGGCGAUGAGGUGGGACGAGGAGCGAUUCGGCCGCGAGUACGAGUACAGCGAGUUCAGGGUGGUCUGCGUGGACUCGUUCAACGCGGGCGCGAUGGAAAACACGAGUCUGAACAUCUUCGUGUGCAAGCUCCUCCUCGCGGACGAAGCGACUUCUACGGAUGCAGACCACAAACAUGUGCUCAAUGUCAUCGCCCACGAGUACUUCCACAACUGGACUGGCAACCGCGUCACGUGCCGGGAUUGGUUCCAACUGACGCUGAAGGAGGGCUUGACGGUAUUCCGCGACCAGCAGUUCACUGCGGAGGCGACGUCGCGUCCGGUGCAGAGAAUCGAAGACGUUCAGACGAUCCUCUCCGCUCAGUUCGGCGAAGACAGCGGCCCGCUGGCACACCCCAUCCGCCCGGACUCGUACCAGUCCGUCGACAACCUCUACACGACGACUGUCUAUGAGAAGGGCGCAGAGGUCGUUCGCAUGUAUCAAACGAUUCUCGGCGAGCAAGGCUUCCGCAGGGGCAUGGAUCUGUAUUUCCAGCGACACGAUGGACAGGCAGUCACCUGCGACGACUUCCGCGCGGCGAUGGCGGACGCGAACGGGCGCGACUUCUCGCAGUUCGGCCGUUGGUACUCCCAGGCGGGAACGCCGGAGGUGACGGUGGUGAGCUCGAGCUACGACGCCGACGACCGCGAGCUCGUGAUCACACUCAGCCAGCGGACCCCGCCCACGCCUGGUCAACUGACGAAGCGCCCGCUCCACAUUCCUGUCGCGGUUGGCUGCAUCGGCAAGCAAAGCAAGCUCGACGUCCUCACUCCGGACGCGACGCAGGUUUUGGAGUUGACGGAGGAACUUCAGACGUUCAUUCUCGCAGACGUCGAGGAGGACUGCGUUCUGUCAGUGCUGCGGGAUUUUUCGGCGCCUGUCAAGCUCGUUUUCCCCAGCCAGACGCGCGACGACCUCACGUUCCUGAUGGCUCACGACUCCGAUGCGGUGAACAAAUGGCGGGCGGCGCAGGCGCUGUCGCUGGACGUCCUGCGCGCGCGGAUCGCGCAGUUUGAAACGCGCGUCGCGAACGGGGCUGCCCAGCGCGACUGGGCGAUUCGCAACGACUUCUUUGACACGCUGCCAGACAGCUACGUGAGCGCGAUGAAGACUAUCGUGACCGCCCCCGAGCUCGAAAUGGGUCACGACAUCAAGGCGCUGACGCUGGAUCUGCCCGACGCAGGCGAACUCGAGCUCGAGGUGGAGGUGAUCAACCCCGAGGCGAUCGACGCGGCGCGCGUGUCAGUCCGCAGAGACAUUGGUCGGGUGCUGAAAGCGGAACUCCGCAGGCUCUACCGCGCGCUCACGCUGCCACCAGGCACACCCGAGUCUGCGGCGGACACCUCCGACUGGGGGCGCCGCCGACUCCGAAACGUCGUGCUGGCCUUCCUCGCUGGCGAGCGGGACGGCGCAGCUGCGCAGCUCGCCCUGAGGCACUUUGACGCCGCCUCGGUGAUGACCGACAAAGUCGCCGCCCUCCGCGUCCUCACACAUAUCCCUGGCGAAGAGAAGGAACGCGCUUUCGCUCAGUUCCACAGAGACGCAGCGGGCAACAAACUCCUUCACGACAAGUGGCUGGCUCUGCAGGCGCUGUCGAGCGCGACCGACACGCCGGCGCGCGUCGCGUACCUAGCGCACCACGCGGACUUUGAUCGCUUCCGGCCGAGCGCCGUGUACGCGCUCUUUCGCGUGUUUUCCAGCGCGAGCUGCGCCUUUCACCAAACGGACGGCGCGGGAUACGCAGUGCUCGCGGAGUUCAUCGAAGAGAUCGACCCGCACAACCCCACCGUCGCCGCGAACCUCGCAGAGGCCUUUUCCAACUGGCGGCGCUACGAGGCGACGCGCCGAGACGCCAUGAGGGCGACCCUCGAGUCCCUUCGCGCGAUCCCAAACAUUUCGCCCGCGCUGGAGGAAGUCGUCGAGAAGGCGCUCGCUCCAGCGCCCGAGGAUCGCGAGUGA